CUGCGCCUUUCCUUUCCGCUCGCGCGUGUGUCUGCCGCGCCUAGCGGACGGUGGAGUGUGUGCGGCGGCGGAUUUUGCGGCUCUGCGGUGCUUAUUUGUGGUGCUCCCCCCUCCCUUCUUGAUUCCUUCGUUCCACCUUUGGGAUAACGCCGAUCGCCUUCUGGACGUGCCGUCAAGAUGUCGGACGACCACAACAAUCACGAAGACUCCAAUGAGAUCCAGGACAUACCGGAGAUCGAGCUCAUCAUCAAGGCAUCCACAAUCGAUGGACGACGGAAAGGGGCCUGCCUCUUCUGCCAGGAGUACUUCAUGGACCUCUACCUGUUGGCAGAGCUCAAGACCAUCUCCCUCAAGGUGACGACAGUGGACAUGCUGAAGCCUCCGCCUGAUUUCCGCUCGAACUUUGACUCGACGCCACCGCCGAUCCUGAUUGAUGGGGGCGAGGCUGUGUUGGAAAAUGAGAAGAUUGAGCGCUACAUCAUGAAGAACAUCCCUGGUGGGCACAACCUUUUUGUGCAGGACAAGGACACUGCCACUGUCAUCGAGAACCUUUACAGCAAAUUCAAGCUGAUGCUGACGCGUCGGGACGAGCAGUCCAAGAAGUCUCUGCUGAACCAGCUGAGCAACAUCGAUGCUCAUCUGCGCAAAGGGGGCUACCGCUUCCUCACAGGCGACACCAUGUGCUGCUUUGACUGCGAGCUCAUGCCCCGCCUGCAGCACAUCCGUGUGGCCGGCAAGUACUUCGCAGACUUCGAGAUCCCACGCAUGCUGUCGGCACUGUGGGGCUACAUGGGUCACAUGUACCAGUUGGACGCGUUCACCCAGUCGUGUCCUGCUGACCAAGACAUCAUCAACCACUACAAGCUGCAGCAGAACACCAAGGUGAACAAACACGAGGAGCUCGAGACGCCCACCUUCACCACGUCCCUGCCGGCCGAGCUCAACAACCACCACUGAAGUGGCCACCCUUUUGUCCUUCCUCCUCUCCCGCCCAUCCUUUACGAGAUGAUGAUGCAGCACAUCGAAAAACGGCCAGCAGUACUUGCGUCAUCAGAGCAGCGUUGUUACUGGCUGUCGCUUGUAUUGACAGACCUAUUGCAUACCCCGAAUUGGCGGUGUUGACUGGUACCGGUAAAACUAGCAGCAUUUCGUGCGUUUAAUUGUAGGAGCACCAAAGCCUGAAAUGCAGUUUGUGAAUCCAGCGCCUCUUCUGCAGUGUCGUUCACAUGGUAGGGGGUGCUGUUCUUCGAGAAUCGGUGCAAACUUGACAGUGCUGUGGCAGUGGGGUCGGCUUUGCGUUGCCAAAUGUUUGUGGCGGCCAUUGCCCAUGCACCCCAACUCGGCAGACGUCCUGACGCAUGUACUACUGCAAGGCCAACAUGCAGGCAUGCAUUUCCGCAUUCUGAAAAAGAAUGCAGUACCAUGUUUUGAAGAUGUAGGCCGAACUGACUUGUGUUGCUAGAAAUAUCUGUGGCUGUAUUCUUGUACCCUGAAGUAAUGUUGAUAUAGCAAACAGCAAAAAGAGGACAUAAGAUUAAGGAGACAGACAACCUUGGUCCCGUGUUCAGGGUCCAGGUCAUCUGCUUAUGUUGUUGUACCAACAAGCCUGGCUAACAACCAUUUUGCAGUACUGUAGACAUUAUACAUGGAAAGAAAAGGGAGCUGUGGUUGGUUGUAUCACAAGAAGUUGAGCGACCUUGCAAGAACACUGGUUCUAAAAUGAAUACAUGCUGUGUGGAUAAGUGCCUGUAGCAGCAGCCAGUGCCUUGCUAAAGUUGAAGCCCGAUAUGUCAAGCACGGUUAUAACGAAUCAUCAAAUACAAGAAAAGUACUUUUGUGUACGAUGCCACUUUGUUCUAAUUAAGUUCCACUGUAUUGACUUGCACUUUCACAGCCACACUUGUUAUGCAGGGGUCGUAUACCAGUUGUUCCACUGAAAGGAACUAGGUGCGGUGCUAGCUGUGUUCUUUGUUGAGCAAAAUGUUUACAUCAUACGCCUCAACGUUUUGCUGCUCUUGACUAGUGCAGCAGUUGUUAGCUUUGCCUUAGUGUUACCGACGUUUGAAUUAUGUACUGUCGUGCUCCUCGUUUUCUCUUAACCAGCCUUGGACAAAAAUCUAUCGAAGCGGGAGCUUGUAGAGGAAGGUUUUGCAAGUACAGUUAAACGUAAAAGUUCGUGGACCGCGCUAUCUGAGAAAAAGCUGAAUAUCUUUGCAUCCUCGGAAUGCAGCCCAGUAUUACAUUUCCAGCCUCUACUAGCAUAUGCAAACAACUGUGCUGUGCGGUACUACUACCUACGUUUGCAGGCUGCUCAGGAAUUCAACGUUUUCUUGCAUACCAUGGUCCAUGAAUUUUAUGGUUGACUAUACAGUGGACAGAGUCGAUGCCACCUGUCCGCACAGGUAAUUUCCAGUGAACUUUUGUCUCCCGGUAAGCUGCUGCCGUUCCUUUUUUUUUUUUUUUUAGUGUUUUGCCUCUUGUUUUUCUUUUUUUUUUUUUUUUCAACCGUCCCAUAUUUGUGGUUUUACUGGUCAGUCUUGUUUUGUAUUUUUUUUUCUCCUGUUAGGAGGGAAUUUUUAUCGGCAAGGUGGCUGCCAUAUGUCGGCCAUUUAAGGCUUAGAGGUGAAGAAGCCCACAGUGAAAAUUGGCACAGCAAGCAACAGCUGCCUUGCUGGCUUGUCAGCAUUUUCUGAGGCAUGUGAACCUUAAAUUUAGUUAAUAUAUUUCAAUUUUUUUAAGUAUGCUUGUUGUUCCUUUUGUUCUAUAGUCCAUUGCAGUUGCAGCCUUGUAUCUUCUGGGGCUGUGCUUAAUGCAAAGCAGCUGCACACUGAAGCAGUCUGAAGUGCAGCCUGGCAGAUCCACCAGCAUUGUGUGGCUUUAUUGAGUGCAGUUCUCUUGUGGAGUGUUUUGAACAUGUUGAAAAAAAAAAAAGGCUGCGUAGAAGUUACUGGUAACUUCCCUGUGGGAAAGAGAACAAAGAGCUGUACAAAACCUGUAGGAGAACUUUCGUCUGCCUCUUUGACACUCCAGACUGCCAUGGUGGAGCUGGCACCCUAGCAUGUGCAUUAAACAUCAGCCUGAGGACGGGAGAGCCUGUCCAACUUACUUGGAGUGCACAACGCGUUGAGCAGUUUUCUACUUUGAUAUACCAUGUGCCAUCAGAGUGUACUGAGCUGAUGCAUGAAUCGAGCUCCCAUGUUCUUUAGCACGCACCUCAGGGGCCACUCCCAGUGGUCUUGGGACAUUCUCUUGAAGUGCCACCUUUGUAUUGGGGCGAGCCUAUAUACUGUCGCCUGGCGUCCCUAACUUGUCGGUCAUGCCAUUCGUCUCAUCAUUGCCUUGUGGAUUCUGUCAUGCUUUCAAAAUUAGGCUUUCUCGUUUUGUGAGCCACUCUGUGCCUUUGUCCCCCCCCCCCCUUUUUUCUUUUCGUUUCUAUGAAAACCGGCAGAGAUAACUAGUUGUAGAUAUACACACAUGUACAUAGGACUUCUGUGUCUUCCUGCUCCGGGUGACACGUCCGUGUUUGUUAUCCUAGACAACAAUAGUGUUUUGAAAAAGAAAAGAAAGAUCACUUUUCCUAAGUGAAAAAGCUUUUAUACAUGUGACAUGCUUACUUACUGAUGCAUGCCGCAUUAUCACUGCACAAUUUAGGCGAUUGUAUUCAGGUGAAAAGUGUGAUGACCUUACACAUUGCAGCAGCCAUUCGUCGUGCACACAUUAAAAUGUCCUCCUUAGCUUUUGUUGCUAUUGUGUGGCUUUGUUGACACAAUGUCGAAUGUUCUGCCUGAGCUUUAGAUUUGGCACGGUGUGUUGGACAACGUUUGACUGGAAGAACUUUGCGUUGUGCCUCGAAUCUUGCUUGCAGAGCCCCUUAAUGCCAUGCGUUGCCUUUGCGAUUCAUUGCUGGAUGGACUAAUUAACCUGCACGUGUCUGAAAGCAGGCACUGGUUGAAGCAAGUUGCAGAGAAGCUAAAUAUAUUUCAAUUUUAGCAUGUUAGGCUAGGAUUAUAGCUGUGCAGCGGAAUGCGGAAUGGAUGUUGCUGUCAUUGUGCCACUCCACAAGGAUCACUGCCGAGGAUGUUGCAGCAUCGUUCAGGUUGCUGCUAUAGCCUGACAUUGCGAACUCCAUAGCUUGUCCUUGCCAGAUUAACGUGUGAGCAUGGUUCACCCAAGUCCAACACUGGAGGGACAAUGUAGAAAGCUUGCAUUUGUUCCUAGGUGAGCAAAUUGUGUGUGCAAAAUGUUGGGGUAUCGUUAUGUGGAUGUAAUAUGCAUGCGAUGCAUGGUGGCAAGUUAAUUGUUUGUCAAAGGACAUGCUAACGCCCAAACUACUAGAAGCUGUUGUGUAAGGCACGUGCAUAAAUUUUGAUGGUUUAUUCAGAGGACAGCUUUUAAAGCUGUUCAAAAAUACUUGUAUAGAAGCCUGAAUUUUGUUUUCUUGCGUGAGUGUGUGUGUGUGUAUGCGUGCAUGGAAAGAUUUUGCACACUGAGCAGUUUGUAAUGCUUGUAUGCAACAAUAAACUCCACACAAAAAAAAAA